GCCCCAUGGUCACGUGGUUCAGCACCCCCACCCUCCGCCCGCCAUUUCGGACCCCCCGGGGCCGCUCUUCGCUCCGUCUCCCCGCGCCAGCUGCUCCGCCAUGGCGCAGAUCGACGAGAACCCCUUCGCGGACCCCGUUCUCAACCACCCCUUCCAGGACCCUGCUGUGACCCAGGUGACCGACUCUUCCAACCGAGGCCUCACAGAGUACAACCCCUUCGCCUCCGAUGACUUUGGCCGACAGCGUCCCUGUGUGUGUGCAGAUCGGCUCCACGGUGCCCGUGGGGCCAGCAGGAGCCCCUCCGCUGGCAUCGCAAACCCAGCCGGCCGUGAUGCAGCCCACCGAGGAGCCCCCCACCUUCCCAGCGCAGUUGCCCUCCCAACAGAUGGGCAGCGCCAUCACUGCCGAUCUGAAGCGCCAGCAGGAGGAGCUAGAGCGGAAGGCGGCCGAGCUGGACCGGCGCGAGCACGAGAUGCAGGGGCACAACUACAAUGCACGCAAGAACAACUGGCCGCCCCUGCCAGCUAAGUGCCCCGUGGGGCCCUGCUUCUACCAGGACUUUGCAAUCGACAUUCCUCUCGACUUCCAGCGCACGGUGCGCAUCCUCUACUACAUGUGGAUGUUCCACUUCAUCACGCUAUUCCUCAAUGUGCUCGGCUGCCUCGCCUGGUUCAUUGUCAACGCCUCCAAGGGCGUGGACUUUGGACUGUCCAUUGUGUGGUUCAUCGUGUUCACGCCGUGCUCCUUUGUCUGCUGGUAUAGGCCGGUCUACAAGGCGUGCAGGAGUGACAGCUCCUUCAACUUCUUCCUCUUCUUCUUCAUAUUCUUCGCUCAGUUCGUAGUGCACGUGCUGCAGGCUGUCGGCAUCCCAGGCUGGGGCAACUGUGGAUGGAUCUCCACGAUCGGAGCAUUUUCAUCGAACAUCGCCGUGGGCGUCAUACUCUCCAUCAUCGCCAUCAUGUUCACCGCCUCGGCCGCCCUCUCCCUCAUCAUGCUGAAGAGGGUGCACUCGAUGUACCGACGCACAGGCGCCAGCUUUGAGAAGGCGCAGCAGGAAUUUGCACAGGGCGUGUUCACCAACCGCACGGUGCAGAACACGGCAGCCAAUGCCGCUGCCGCCUCCCUGCGCGACCCCAUGUGAUCCUCUCGCCCCUUCGCUCUGCUCCCACACCUGGACCCCCCCUGCCCUCCACUCCCAACGACCCCGACUGCCCCUUCUGGCCCCCGCUGGAGGUCGUGGGGCAGCGGCUGCCGGCAUGAAGCCGAGAAGAGUGUGCGGCACCCCUCCUGGCACGCGGCGUGUUCCACUCGCUUGCGCACUCGCACACACCAAUCACGCACAUCAUCAUGGAAACGCACACAUGCACAAGCACACACCAUCACACACGCAUAAGCACACACCAUCGCACACACAAGCACACAUUCGCACGCGUGAGCACACGUCGCCCCUCGUUCACCAUGCAGAAGCUGUGGGUCGUGCGGUGCCAUCAGCGCUCCUCUCUGUCUGCGGGGUCGCAUUUGAUCGUGUCUGCCUUCGGUUUCUAAUUUAACUUCCUCGCUGCUCUUUCGAUGGACGCUGAGCCGCAACCACAGCACGGACGUUGCAUCCCACGUCCCCCCUGCCCUCGCUGCCUCUCGGCCUGGGAACGACCCCGGCGGCUUUUGUGUUCCGUGGGGAAUCUUGGGGUUGCCCAAGCUCGGGGAAUGCCACCCUUGUUGAUACGUGCUGCAGACGGCCCCUCGAUGUAUACAUGCGUGUGUGAUCGGGAUGACAGGAUGGGGAGGUGGGCCCUGUGGAAACCACUGCGUAUGCUGUCUCGUUUUUCCUGUUUGCCUUGUAUUGUCACUUUCUGUUAGGGGUCAUUUCGCGCCACCCUCCAUCUCAAGCGCGGGAGGGCCCGUGACUCUGGCCAGGGUUCCCCGGGUCCUCCCCAGAAGCCCCCCGCCCCCCCAGACGGGAAACGCGUGCACUUUGACGUGACGUGUGUGUGUGAUUGGGGUGGCGCGUUUGUCCCCGCCGCGUGCGCUCUUCGUUGGUGGUGCGGGGGGGGGGGGGGGAGCCGGCGGUGCCGUGAGUGUGCAGUGUCUCCCUGUGUGCGGUGGCGGUUACCGCUCGGCCGCCCACCAUGGUUGGACGUUGGUGUACAGUGUAUCGUAAUUUGAAGGGCUGGUGUAAUGAAAUUGUUCAUGUAAAAAAAAACAUUAAAAGUUUAUCAUACGUUUUA